GACAUGAAUUGAUGAAGGGUUUGCUUGUUGUUGUUGCUAUGAUUUUGGUAGGUGUCACAUGGGGUGAGGGCAGAGUGCAGACGUGGGGCAGGGGAGUAUUUGGAAGCAGGGCAGGGCUACAGGGGCUCUUCAGUGUUAAUUGCAGGCAUACCAUCAGAGCUACCUUUGACAUUGUAAGUUCCAUUAGGAUUCCUGGGGACUGGGAGGCUAUGGGAUAGUCAUGAGAUCCCUAGGAAGUGGUAGAGGAAGGGAUCUUUGGCUCCUUAUCUUAAGCAAGAAUGUAGGCCUGGGCAGAAAAGGCCAGUUCCACUUAUCUCAGGCUCUCUGCUAUUUUUGAUAUGAGCUACAGAACAAGGUCUAAGAUUGAACUUUCUCCCUGUCCUAUGCCUUCCAUGCCCCUCCCCCAGAGACCUUUCUUGUCACCUAGGAAAUCUCAGGAUUACCCCUUUAGUUCUCAUUUCUUGUUCCUCCCUUCCACCAUUCUGAUUCCUGAUCCAUAGAAUUUUGUGUCUCUAAGUCUGGAAUAGAGGCUAAGGAUGUGAAAGUUUAGGGUCUGGCAUCCCUGAGAGUGUCCGGUAUCCCACAAAGAAAUUCCACAUGCAUGCCCAGGAUCCCAUGCUUAUCCCCAAUUCUCAUUUUAGCAUUCUCUCCCUUCCCAUCAUGCUGGGUGAGACUGUAGCUAGUGGCUCAGAGAUAUUUUUAGCCAAGCAGACCUCAUUGUCCAGUGGGGUGGGCUGGGGGGAGGGUAGGCAGGUGCCCACGUCCAUCACACUGGGGCUUGUAGGGCAGCCGAGAGAAAGGAGGGGGUCAGGCUCCAAAAAUAGCACAGUGAGCUCAUUCAGCUGCCAGGUCUGGGGACAAGACAAAGGGGCUUUAAAAGGCGUGGGGGGUGGCUCAGGCUGGUCCUGCUCCAGCCUACACUGCCUUUCUCGGCAUGGACACCUUUGAGCCCAUCAGCCAAGAGUCCCUCAGCCAAGCCAGCUGCGACAAAGUCCCAGGCCCAGUUCCUGAGCUCCAGGACCCGUUCUAUGCAGAACUGCAACGGGCAGAGAGCCUCCAGGAGAAGAGUGUGAAGGAGGCCAAGACCAAAUGCCGGACGAUUGCAUCUCUGCUAACUGCAGCCCCAAACCCCCACUCCAAGGGGGUGCUUAUGUUUAAGAAACGUCGGCAGAGAGCCAAGAAGUACACCCUAGUGAGCUUUGGGGCUGCGGCUAGGACAGGCGCUGAGGAGGAGGAGGACGGCAUCCCUCCAACUAGUGAGUCCGAGCUGGACGAGGAGGCCUUCUCCGACGCCCGAAGCCUCACCAACCAGUCCGACUGGGACAGCCCCUAUCUGGACAUGGAGCUGGCCAGGACCCGCUCAGGCGCAGUAGAGGGCCAGGGCCUGGGGCUGGGAGGGCAGCUGAGUGAGGCCUCAGGGCGAGGGGUCCAGCUCUUUGAACAGCAGCGCCAGCGCGCAGCCUCCAGCACCCAGGAGCUGACCAGGGAUGGUCCAGCAGCCAUGCUCAACGGGCAGGGCCUGCAGUCACCACCUCGGGCCCAAAGUGCUCCACCGGAGGCGGCUGUGCUUCCAUCCAGCCUUUUACCGGCCCCUGUAGCCAGCCCUAGACCCUUCCUCCCGGGCAGUGGAGCCUCUACUACAGCUCCAAGCAUCUUUAACCGGUCAGCCAGGCCCUUUACCCCGGGCUUACAGGGACAGCGGCCAGGUACGACCUCAGUUAUUUUCCGGCCCCUAGCCCCCAAGAGGGCGAAUGAAAGCCUAGGAGGCCCCAGCCUCGCUCCACCGCCCUUCUUGUCCUCUCCGCAGGGGCCCACCCCUCUGCCCAGCUUCACUUCAGGGGGUCCCAGCCACGUGCCAGCCUCCGGUUCCCCCAGUACCCCACGCUCCUCGGGCCCUGUGACGGCCACCAGCUCCCUGUACAUCCCAGCCCCCAACCGUCCUGUUACGCCAGGCGGAGCCGCAGAGCCCCCCACUCCCCCUAGUGGAGCUGCCAAGACCUCCACCGCUUCUAUCUUCCUGUCGGCGCCUCUGCGACCGGCUGCGCGCCCAGAGGCGCCUGCCCUAGGCUCCGCGGCCCCUGAGCCCCCUAGUGCUCGAGAGCAGCGCAUCUCUGUGCCAGCUGCCCGCACCGGCAUCCUCCAGGAAGCCCGGCGUCGGGGGACCCGGAAGCAGAUGUUCCGGCCCGGAAAUGAGGAGACGAAGAACUCGCCUAACCCUGAGCUGCUAUCGUUGGUGCAGAACCUGGAUGAAAAACCCCGAGCUGGGGGUGCUGAAUCUGGUCCAGAGGAGGAUGCUCUGAGCCUAGGGGCUGAAGCCUGCAACUUCAUGCAGCCACCAGGAGGCAGGAGUUACAAGACACCGCCUCACGUGACACCUAAAACCCCGCCUCCGAUGGUUCCCAAGACACCACCCCCUAUGACUCCUAAGACUCCUCCCCCAGUGGCUCCUAAGCCCCCAUCUCGAGGGUUCCCUGAUGGGCUAGUGAAUGGGGCAGCCCCUUCGGCUGGAAUCCCUGAACCACCACGGCUUCAGGGCAGGGGUGGGGAGCUGUUUGCUAAGCGGCAGAGCCGAGCAGACAGGUAUGUGGUGGAAGCUACACCUGGUCCUGGCCUUGGCCCUCGGCCCAGAAGCCCUUCUCCUACUCCCUCACUGCCCCCUUCCUGGAAAUAUUCACCCAAUAUCCGAGCCCCACCUCCUAUUGCUUACAACCCACUGCUCUCACCCUUUUUCCCCCAAGCUGCCCGAACUCUCCCUAAUAAGGCCCAAUCCCAGGGGCCUCGGGCGACUGCCAAGCAGGGCAUCAAGGCUCUGGAUUUCAUGCGGCACCAGCCCUACCAACUUAAAACUGCCAUGUUCUGUUUUGAUGAGGUUCCCCAGACUCCUGGCCCCACCUCCUCAGGGCCCCCCAAAACUGCCCGAGUCCAGGAGAUCCGCCGAUUUUCCACUCCAGCACCCCAGCCCACUGCAGAGCCCCUGGCCCCCACUGUGCUUGCCCCCCGAGCAGCCACUACAUUGGAUGAGCCCAUCUGGAGGGCAGAGCUGACCUCAGCCCCUGUCCUUAGCCCAGCCCCUCCUCCAGAGUCUCCUAGGGGUCUUGGGGCCUCUCCCAGCUCCUGUGGCUUCCAGGUAGCCAGGCCCCGGUUCUCAGCCACCAGAACAGGAUUGCAGGCUCAUGUGUGGAGGCCUGGGGCAGGCCACCACUGAGCAGGGCAUAGCUCCCAGGACCAAGGAGAGGUGGAACUCCAGUUCCUAAAGUUGAUUCUUCUACCCAUCCCACUCCCUCUUUCAGGUGUCUGGAGACUAAAUUCCCUCCUGCCAGAGAUAGUUUUGGAGUUGGUGCCCCAUUGCCCAGCUUCCUGCUUUCUGGCUCCCAACUUCCCUGCUGCUUUCCAACCUACUAUACUGGCUUUGGUGUCCGUGCUUCUCUUUGUCUUUGUAGUUCCUUCUCUGGCUCUCUGUCUUUAUCUCUAGGUCUCUCCACUCAUACUCCUCAACUGGUCUGUGUUUCUCUACAUUUGAGCUUUUCUCUGUGGGCCUCAUUUUAACAUUCAAUGAGAAGCACACAGAGAAGUUACCACUGAGACUUGAGGCAAGAAGCUCCCCACAAAGCAGGCAGCAAAGGGACUGAAUUGACUCCUCUUUGCACUAAAUCACUUGCUACUCCUCAUUCUUCUUUCCCAAGCUUGGCUGGCAUAUACCUAGGCAUGUAUGUGUGCAUUUGUGUAUGUGCCAGUGUGUGUAUGCACAGAUGUGCUCUUCUGUCUGAGGCACGAGUUAGAGAAGUCUAAAUAAAGACCCAAUUGGGGUUUUACCUUUGUGCUGAUGAAAGAAGGGUCAGAUAUCCACACAUGGAUAGUCUAGUGGGAAAAAAGAGAUGCACUAGAGUUAAAGACCAGCAUCUGUAGCCAAUGUACAGCAUCUUGUGAAAUUCAUAGAGUAUGAGAAGACUGGAAGGGCCACAGCAGUUUGUAUGGGCUAAGUUAUACCAGCUAGACCAGGUAUAGAACUAAGAAUUCUAUUCCUCAGGAUUUCAGAAAGUUAGCAACUUGAGAGGCCCGUGGUGAGCAACAAAGCAUCCAGGAAGUGAAAAAAAAAGAAAGAAAAUUUCCUCUGAGAAUAAACAAAUCAUUGGCUUCAUUGCCUUAUGAACCUAAGACAGAAAGGAGGGAGAAAAGAACCAUGAUGUGGAAAGUGAAAUAGAAACUAGGAGCAGAACAGAAAUGAGUGAAAUUGAUUGACCAACAGGAGCGUGGUGAGGGAGAGUGCAGUGUUGGCAGAGAGUAAAGUUGGGUAACAAGAAACCAACCGUAUACAAAAGGGGGAUUGGGGAAAAAUUCAAGAGAGAAGAAUGUAUUUGUUAGAGUGAAGGGGGAUGAUGGUGGAGGGAUGUGAGAGUGUGUGCUGAGUAUUGAAAGAACAGUUAGUAUCUGUGCUGCCUCCUUUGAGUCUGUCCUUCUGUCUUCUGCAGCUUGUCAUGACUACCUGGGAAACGGCAAGGAAACACCCAGAGCCAAAAUCUCUUUUCAGUCCUACCCCAUCCCUCAAACCCUAGCUCUUGUUCCUUUCCAGCUUCAACUCCUGAUCUCUGAUCCUCGAGGGGUAUGCACUUCCCUCUCACCAUGACUGCCACCAGUCACGUUUGCUGCUUGAUCUGGAAGUUGAUAAUUUCCUUUGCAUAUUGGGUGUGAGUCACAGUACUUUGAUUUGUGCACAAUAAACUUAUGCCCCAUA